ACCUUCCGCAAACUGUUCUCGUUGAUUUGGAAAAAUGGCGGAAAUGAAUUCGCAAGGAGGAUCGCAGUUUGCGAAACGAGUCGACUCGAAAAGGGACAAUUUGACCAAGGAACAGAUUGAGUUCAUGCAGAAAGUGGAGCUGGCUCAGUGGCAUAAAAACAUGCAGAAAAGGCGCGGAAGGAAUGUAAUCACGGGUUUAGCUAUCGGCGCAAUCGUCUUGGGCAUUUAUGGAUACACAUUUUAUUCAGUAUCGCAAGAACGUUUUUUGGAUGAUUUGGAAGAAGAAGCAAAAGUUGUUCAAGCAAGAAGUAAUUCUAAGACUUCAGUAAACUGAAAUGCAUAGUUUACAUAAUGUAUUGUUGAUUCAUGACUGGUUAAAUUGAACAAUUAUGCAACUAUUAUAUAUUAGCGGAAAUUAAACACAUUGGAUCAAGAUGUAUGUUUUUCAGAGUUCAUGGAGAUUUUCAUUUUCUGUCUCUGACUGCCUUUAUCCAGAAGUGAUCUUAUGUCAGUCUAAGUGAGGAUACAACUUAUUAAAUCCAUGACUUCUGAUACUUUGUAUAUGGCAUAAUUGAAUGUAUACUUUUGCUGCAGUAAUAAAUUUUGAUUAUAAUUAUCUUUCCCACCACAUUAACAAUUUGAAAAGAAAUGUAAAAACAUUGUGAUUCAGUAUGUCAUUUCCUGUUAAUUCCAAUGAAAUUAAAGUCCACACUGUAUAAAA